CCGGCUCAGUCGCUGUGCGGGAGUGGUCACUGAGGGAUGUGUGGUAUCGUAACUGAGUGUGACUGAGGAAAAAGACCCGGCGUAGUUUCUCGCGUAAUACGGUCUCGCUCUUUACCCCCCCGGACAAAAAGGAACUAGCAAUAUCAGAGAGAGAGUCUAGUCAGUUUUUCGGACCCCCUCCCGUUCGUCGCGCGAGAGACCACGGAAUACGCUGAUCGUGUAUUUAUUUAAAUAUUUAUUGUACAAAAGACUUUAACUAUAGCCGACACAAUGUCCGUGGACAAGGAGGAAUUGGUACAGCGCGCGAAGCUCGCCGAGCAGGCGGAAAGGUACGACGACAUGGCAGCCGCCAUGAAGGCGGUCACCGAGACGGGAGUAGAGUUGUCGAACGAGGAGAGGAAUCUGCUGUCGGUAGCGUACAAGAAUGUCGUUGGCGCGAGACGUAGCUCGUGGCGAGUAAUCUCCUCCAUCGAGCAGAAGACGGAGGGUUCCGAGCGCAAACAGCAGAUGGCCAAGGAAUACCGGGAAAAGGUGGAGAAGGAGCUGCGCGAGAUCUGUUACGACGUGUUGGGACUCCUUGAUAAGUACCUGAUCCCCAAGGCUAGCAACGCCGAGAGCAAAGUAUUCUACCUCAAGAUGAAGGGCGACUACUAUAGGUAUCUCGCAGAAGUCGCCACAGGAGAAACAAGAAACGCUGUGGUAGACGACAGCCAGAAGGCAUACCAGGAUGCGUUCGAAAUCAGCAAGUCAAAGAUGCAGCCUACCCAUCCCAUCAGGCUAGGUCUCGCCCUCAACUUCUCCGUUUUCUAUUACGAGAUCCUCAACUCACCAGACAAGGCCUGCCAGCUGGCCAAACAGGCGUUUGACGACGCGAUCGCAGAGUUGGACACACUUAACGAAGACAGCUACAAAGAUUCCACGCUCAUCAUGCAACUUUUGCGCGACAACCUCACUCUUUGGACCAGUGACACGCAGGGUGAGCAGGACGAGCAACAGGAGGUCGGCGACAACUAACCUUCCUAAACUUAAGUCCUUUCUAACCUAAUAAGAACAUCCUAUUCUCUAUCGUCCCCCCGUCCCUUGAAGUGCUCACCCAUCCAUCCACCCGAGAUCGAUUUAUCCAUUCACCUGUCCUUUCGUCCCUCGCGUACCUCGUUUCCUUCUUCCUUCCUUCCUUUCACUCCCCCGUGACCCCUCUCUCAGCCAACACACAAAUACACGUAUACAGAGACACGUACACCCCCCCCCCCCCCCCACACACACACACCACCUCCUUUCUAUCUCUACCUACCUGGGCUACCUUACAUUUCUGUCCAUCUUCCUACGGCACCCUUUCUACCUCCCACAAGUCGCAAGGCCACCGUCUCUCACACCUUCAGAGUCCUCUUUUCCUUAAUCUCCUCCUCGAGAACUGCCCUCUUUCUCCCAAAUCCGACCGCACAUUGCUGCCGAUGCAACCGCUACAGCUGUUAAUCGCCUGUUUCGAACGCUGGAACGCGGAAAUCCCGCGUCGUCGACCGUUAUCCUCUCUCCGAGGACCGAACGAUUCCGCGUGUAUAUUUUCUCGAUGAAACUAACGCAACGAUGCGGGACCGAAAGCGUAAAAGUAAAUAAGAAAGAAAAAAAAAAAAAGAAA